UUAACCAAUUGACUUUGAAAGUCAGUCACCAAAAACCAACUCUUCCAUUGUUAAACCUCUGCUAACUGCUACUAUAUACUAUACUCACAAAACCCAAGUCAAAGCCUUCUUUGUUUCUCUCCCUACAAUCUUGAUCUCUUUGUUCAUUUGAUAGUAGAGCAAAACAAAAUUCACAUCAAAGAUCUACUUUGUCACAACUUUUUUUAGGCAUUGAAUUUGGAUCACUUCUUGGUUGGGUUUUAUCCUCAAGUGAGAAGAGUCCUGCAAUUUUGCAAAAGAGAAGAGCAAAGAUUUCCAACCCAGACUCCCAGAGUAGAGCAUGUUAUUGACUCAACCACCAAUCUGUUGAAUAAAGGUAACUUGCUUACUCUUAGACACAGUGGCCGAGCUACAUGAGGCCAAGAGGAUUUAAUUGAAUAUAUCCAAAUUGUCGAAUUCCCUUGGAAUAAGAAAAGAUUUCAGUGUAGUGACAAAGUGGUUCGACAAUUGUGCUUUGCAACAUAGGUUCAAAUCUCAGGUGUGAUAUUAUUGCGUAUCCUAACCCCCUUAUUAGAAUUCCUGGUCUCACCACUGCACACUAGUUAAACGGAAAUUCCAGUUGAUGGCGGAUAUAGUGAAGCAAAUCCUGGCAAAGCCAAUACAAUUGGCAGAUCAAGUGACUCAGGCAGCUGAUAUGGCAACUUCAUUCAAGCAAGAAUGUGCUGAGCUCAAGUCCAAAACAGAGAGGCUGGCCGUGCUGCUCCGUCAAGCAGCACGAGCCAGCAACGAUCUCUACCAACGCCCCACGAGGCGUAUUAUUGACGACACUGAACAAGCCCUGGAAAUGGCUAUAUCCAUCGUUAGCAAAUGUUGCGCUCAGGGAUUAAUACAGCGCGUAUUUACCAUCAUCCCCUCAGCAUCUUUCCGCAACCUGUCUUCACAGCUAGAGAAUUCCAUUGGUAAUGUUUCGUGGCUCCUCCGUGUCUCCUCCACAGAAAGCGGAGAUGAGUACUUGGGCCUUCCUCCUAUUGCCGCUAGUGAGCCUAUAUUGUGCUUUAUUUGGGAACACAUAGCGAUUUUGUAUACUGGUUCGGUCAAUGAUCGAUCUGAAGCUGCUGCAUCAUUGAUUUCACUAGCUAAGGACAAUCACCGGAAUGGAAAAUUGAUCGUUGAAGAAGGUGGAGUUGGACCAUUGUUGAAAUUGUUGAAAGAAGGAAAAUUGGAAGGUCAGGAGAAUGCUGCAAAGGCAAUUGGAUUAUUAGGACGUGACACUGAAAGCGUCGAACACAUGGUGCAUCUUGGUGUAUGCUCAGUGUUUGUGAAAAUCCUCAAAGAAAGUCCAAUGAAAGUUCAGGCAGUAGUGGCUUGGGCAGUUUCUAAACUUUCUGCGCAUUACCCAAAAUGUCAGGAUCUCUUUCAUCAGCAUAAUAUAAUUAGAUUACUUGUUAGCCAUCUCGCCUUUGAGACAGUCCCGGAGCAUAGCAAGUAUGCUAUUGCUAGCAAAGCCACGUCGAUUCAUGCUGUCGUUUUUGCUAGUAAUAAUAAAAAGGGUAAUGUGACUAGUGUGCACAAGGUGAAUGAUAAUAAUGAUGAUGUAAACCAUCACCAUCAGCAUAGUGUUUCUUCUACAGGGGUAAGUAGUAAAGGGCGAGAGCUCGAGGAGUCUGCUACUAAGGAUUAUAUGAAGGCAAUGGCUGCAAGAGCUCUAUGGAAACUUGCCAAGGGAAAUUCAUCUAUUUGCCGUAGCAUUACUGAAUCAAGAGCACUGCUUUGCUUUGCAGUACUGUUAGAGAAAGGGACUGAAGAUACUCAGUACAAUUCAGCUAUGGCAGUAAUGGAAAUCACAGCUGUGGCGGAGAAAGAUUCUGAUUUGAGAAAGUCAGCAUUCAAGCCUAAUUCGCCCCCUUGCAAAGCUCUUGUUGAUCAACUGGUGAGAAUCAUCGAAAAAGAAGACUUAAAUCUGCUUAUUCCGUGCAUUAGAGCUAUUGGGAAUUUGGCUAGGACUUUUCGAGCUACUGAGACGAGGAUGAUUAGCCCAUUAGUAAAGCUGCUCGAUGAACGAGAAGCAGAGAUUUCAAACGAAGCAGCCACUGCACUCGCAAAAUUUGCAUGCAAUGAUAACUACCUUCACAUGGAUCAUUGCAAAGCGAUCAUAAGCAUGGGAGGGGCAAAGCAUUUGAUUCAACUUGUUUUCCUUGGUGAAAAAAUAGUUCAGAAUUCUGCAUUACUUCUGCUAUGUUACAUUGCAUUGCACGUCCCUGAUAGCGAUGAGCUAGCUCAAUCCGAGGUGCUUUCAGUGCUAGAAUGGGCGUCGAAGCAGGCAUACUUGAACCAAGAUGAAAAGGUGGAGGCAUUGUUGCAGGAAUCCAAAAGCAGGCUUGAACUCUAUCAAUCCAGAGGAUCAAGGGGAUUCCAUUGAUUGCAUCUGUGACUUGAUGUGCAUAAUUUGCAUGUUGUUAGAUGAGAUAUUAUGUUUCUUGUUUUUAAAUUUCUUCCUAUUUCCUAUGGUCAUGGAGUGUAUAUAAAAUCAAUUUUUUUUCCUGCAAAAAUUUUGUUUAAGAAGACCUCAGGAAUCCCCUCUGCUCCGUUGGAAUCCCCAACUCGUUUGGGACUGAGGCGUAGCCGUAGUAAUUGUUGUUGUAAGCUGUAUUAUUGUACGUAGGACUAGGAUACAGAAUCUGUUACUCUUGCAAUAUAUGAAUAAUCAUUUUCUCCGG